AUGAAGCAAUUGAUCUCUGCUAUGCUUGGAGUACGGAUUGUGGAUUGCCAUGAACGGUACUUAAGCUUGCCGACUAUGACUAGAAGAAACAAGACGAAGUUGUUUAUCCAUGUUCGUGAAAUGCUUUGGAAGAAACUCAAUGCCUGGAAUGGGAAGUUAUUAUCUGCGGCGGGUAAAGAAGUUCUAAUUAAGGUCGUGGGCCAGACCUUACCUACUUAUACUAUGGGCAUUUUCCAAUUGCCUACUCAGUUACGCGCUGAUAUUUUAGCUAUGAUCGCACAUUACUGGUGGGGGAAAGCGGGGAGAAGGUUAUUCAUUGGCUUUGUUGGCUGUGGCAUUCUUUGGGGACAUGAAGUUGUUGAGGAGGGGCUCGUUUGGAGAGUGGGGAAUGGUGCUUCAAUUCGGGUGUUCCAGGAUAAGUGGAUACCUAAACCAAACACUUUCAGACCUUUGUUGAAUAAAGGUUUAAAUGGGGAAGCAUUGGUGGCUGACUUGAUUACGCCAUCAGGAGGGUGGGAUUUACCGAUGCUCGAACAAGCUUUGAAUGGGGAGGAUUGUGAAGCGGUUUAA